GGAGAGGCAGGAGAAGCAGGCGACGGAGAGGUAUAUAAAACAUUUCACAAAUCAGGUGCAUUUUAACCCCUCAAAAACACACAAACUAACGUGAGCUCUGUGCGAACAAUAAGCGUCCUCGUAUUUUCAGAGUAGUCGUCUUCUCACCUACCUGAAUUUUUUAGUUAAUUUUCUCAACUGGGUUUUUCCCAUAGCUAUGAAAUCAUCAAUCUUAAAAAUUAAAAUCCCAAAAUAUUGAAAAAAAAUUUCACCUUUUUAUCAGUUCUUGAAAUUACAAAUAAUGUCAAUCAUAACCCAGAACAUUUUCACAAUUUCACACUCUAAUAUCAAGUCUUUUUACUUCAAGAACCCCAAAAAAUCAACCCCAUUAAUCCUUAAACCCUUGAAAACCCAUUUAAUUUUCCCUACACAAAAACCCCAUUUGGAAAAAAUUGAGUUUUUACAAUUUAAAGUUAAGGCCUUUAAUUCUGAGGGAACUGUAAAUGGUCAAAAUUCAGCUGAGUAUGAGUAUGAUUUUGAUUUUGAUGGUUUACUGACAGUUCUUGAGUUUUGUUGUUUGUUAUCUUCAGCUGUUGUGGCGAUUUGUUAUGUUGUGAAUUCUUGUUUUUUGGGGUCUAUGAAGUGGUUAGGGAAUAGGGUGUUGGCUGUUCAGUGUGUUGUGUUGGUUAGUGGAGUGAUUAUUGGUUCUGUGAUUAGGAGAAGGCAAUGGAAGAGGAUUUGUAUGAAUACCUUUUCUAGGUCAGGGAGUGGUGGUGGUGGUUUAAGAGGGGUUAAUUUGUUGGAAAGAAUUGAGAAGGUAGAGGAAGAUUUGAGGAGUUCAACUACGAUUAUUCGGGUUCUAUCGAGACAGCUUGAGAAACUGGGAAUUCGAUUUCGGGUUACAAGAAAGACUCUCAAAGAUCCUAUUACUGAGACUGCAACAUUGGCCCAAAAGAACUCUGAGGCUACUCGAGCAUUGGCAUUGCAAGGUGAGCGUCUAGAGAAGGAGCUUGGUGAAAUACAAAAGGUUCUUCUGGCAAUGCAGGACCAGCAACACAAACAGCUCGAGUUAAUUCUUGCAAUUGGGAAAACUGGAAAGUUAUUUGAGGACAAGCGAGGACCUAGUGAAGAUCCAAAUCAAAAAACAAAUGAUGCGUCUAAUACAGCCGUUGAUGGAUUUCCACAGUUGGGAGUGAAUCAAAUCGAGGCUUUGAAGAGAGAACGAGAAACCAAUACUGACAGAAUCUAGUUUCUUUCAAUAUAGAUGAUUUAAGAUUAAAUCAAACGACGAAAAGAUGCUAUAUGGUCACACACACAUACGGUUGAAGAUUGACGAACAUUUGAGGGAUCAUAUAAUACACUGGUGCAGUUUUUUUUGGCCUGGUUUUUGUGAGCAACAUCUCUGUAGGGGAGGGGAGGGACAGGAGAAAGAUGAAACUCGAUGUUCUUGUUCACGUUCAUUUGACAACGAAUCUUUGUGUAUUAUGAAACCUAAUCGAUCAUUCUAUCUACUGUAGUUCUGAUGCUUGUUAAGAGAGUCAUUAAUUGUUAAUUUUUGUUUUUGUUCUC